CCCCACUCCCAUUCCUCUCUCUCUCACUCUCUCUCUCUCUCUGCGCCUCUGCAAUGGCUUCCUAUUCCAUAAUGCCCUUCCUCUGCUUUCUCUCUCUCGCCUCGCUGCUUCUUCCUGCCUCUGCUCGAAUCCCCGGCGUUUACUCCGGCGGCCCCUGGCAGUCCGCUCACGCCACCUUCUACGGCGGCAGUGACGCUUCUGGAACUAUGGGUGGUGCUUGUGGCUAUGGAAAUCUGUAUAGCCAAGGGUAUGGAGUGAGCACGGCAGCUUUAAGUACGGCUCUAUUCAACAAUGGGCUGAGCUGCGGCGCGUGCUUCAUGAUCAAGUGUGACCAAGACCCCAGAUGGUGCAACCCUGGAAGCCCUUCCAUCAUCGUUACCGCUACUAACUUCUGUCCCCCCAACUUCGCUCUUCCAAGUGACAAUGGCGGAUGGUGCAACCCCCCACGCCCCCACUUCGACCUCGCCAUGCCCAUGUUCCUCAAGAUCGCUCAGUACCGUGCCGGAAUCGUCCCCGUUACCUACCGCCGGGUGCCAUGCAGGAAGGUCGGGGGAAUAAGGUUCACGGUCAACGGAUUCCGUUACUUCAACCUGGUUUUGAUCACCAACGUGGCGGGCGCAGGGGACCUCGUGAGGGUGAGCGUGAAGGGAAGCAAGACGAACUGGAUGAGCAUGAGCCGAAACUGGGGGCAAAACUGGCAAUCCAACGCCAUCCUGGUGGGGCAGGCCCUCUCCUUCCGGGUGACCGGCAGCGACAGGCGCACCUCCACCUCCUGGAACGUGGCGCCUCCCAAUUGGCAGUUCGGCCAGACCUUCACCGGGAAGAAUUUCCGCGUCUAAGAUUUCAUUUUCAGUUUUCCCGCCUUCCGACUUCCCUUUAUUUUGCCGGGAAUGUUUUUGAAGCCGCGGGGAGUCAAACUCAGAUAGCAGCAUCAGGAAAAAGCAAAGACAAGACUAGAUAGGAAAAAGUGACAGGCACUUUUUAUAAUUACAUAUAGUAGUGUUACUGUGAGCCUGUGUGAUUAUGAACGUGGAACUUGAACUUUUUGGUUCUUUUGCUUCUUUCUGGGGUUAGCAAGUGUUUAGUGAACUGUAAAAUUGCUGGUUUAUGUUAUUUAAUUAGCCAGCACAGUAAUGUGAGUGAUGUGGAGUCUUUAUUAUUUGAGUGUGAAGUUGAAAGUGGGGUGGAUUGGGCUGAGGUGGCUGCAAAUGAAGGUGCAGGUAGCCCGCAGCUUGCUGCCUAUUAUUGAAGUUAAAUACUACUAUUAUUAUUAUUAU